AUGAACUGCACUGCGCACAUCCUCGCACUGCUCCUUUCCGCCGGCGCUUGCUGCGCCUUGUCCGCAGGCGUGCUUUGUGAAGACCUUGAUGACACGCCCCUCAACGACAUAAGCCUCCUCCAGACCGGCAAGGUGACCCUGCAGACCUCCCAGACCGGGAUACACGCGGAAAGCACCCGGCAGUUUGGACAGGUUUCCUCGCCGGUAACCUUGGGCCCUCCGGUGGCCAUCAUCCUGGCCUGCAUUGUGCUCAACUUCGUCCUGCGCAAGAGCGCGGACUCUGUCAAGGAGUACGCGCCUUACGCCGCCGAGUUCUUCGGCACCUUCGCGCUGGUCUUCACCGUCGGCUGCUGCGUCGCCACGGGCAGCGCCGUCUGGAAUGCAACCGCCAUCGCCUGCGUGCUUAUGGUCAUGGUCUAUGCCACGGGGCCCAUCUCCGGAGGCCACCUCAACCCGGCCGUCACCUUGACCCUCGCCUUUGCAGAGAAGUUCGACUGGGACCAGGUGCCCCUCUAUUGCCUCACGCAGAUCACCGCGGGCAUCGCAGCGGGGAGCUGCACAGCCUCCCUGCUCAGUGCUCCUGACCCCCUGAAACCCGUGGGUGACUUCACCUGGUCCUAUGCUUUCUUCGUGGAAGCCAUCUACACCUUCAUGCUCUGCUUCGUCGUCCUGAACACUGCGGCUUCAACCCGCAACAACGAGCCGAAGGACGGCAACCAGUUCUUCGGCCUGGCCAUCGGCUUCGUGAUCAUCGCGGGUGGCUACGCCGGUGGGGAUGUGUCCGGCGCGUGCUUCAAUCCUGCUGUGGCCUUCGGGCUGGACUUCUCCAGCAGUGCCGGAAUUGGCUGGAGCUUUGCCUGGGCUGCGUUUGAGGUCGUCGGCGCCUUCGUGGCUGCGCUGGCCUUCCGCCUGGUGCGCCCGGAAGACUACACCGAGUCGUCAGGGGACACAUACGAACCAGCCCUUUAUGUGAAGCUGGCCAGCGAGUUCCUUGGGGUGUUCAUGCUGGUGCUCACUGUGGGCCUGAACGUGGUCCUGGGAUCUCCCUCCACGGCCUGGUCGGCUGCUGCAGCCCUGAUGUGCAUGAUCUACUCCCUGGGAGACGUCUCCGGCGCGCACUUCAACCCUGCCGUGUCCGUGGCUGUGUGCGUCCGAGGCAAGUGCAGCGUGCAGGACCUGCUGGCCUACAUCCCUGUGCAGCUCCUGGCCGGAGCUUCAGCGGGUGCCAUCGUCAGCCUCUUCCACCCACACAGCACCGGGAAGAAUGUGGCCCAUUUCCUCCAGCCGGGCUCAGAUCACACCUUGGCCCAGGCAGGGGUCGCCGAGCUGAUCUUCACCUUCGUGCUCUGCUACGUGGUGUUGACCACCGCCACCAUUGAAAAACCGGAGUCUCAGAAAACGAAGCAAAACUUCUACUUUGGCUUGGCCAUUGGCUCCUGCGUCACUGCCGGGGGCGUUGCCUCAGGCGCGAUCUCUGGCGGAGAGCUGAACCCGGCCGUGAGUACCGGCCUGGCCGUGGCCAGCUCCAUCUUCUCGCCCUCGGGGACCACAAUCGCGCUGGGUUCGACUGUGGGCAACCUGCUUCGCUUCAGCGGCUACGAGCUCGCUGGGGGCUUGAUGGCUGCACUCGUGUUCCAGGUGACCCACCCCAAGGAGCUGGGCAAGGCAGGCAUGUGGAUUUCGUGCUUUGUUGCGGAGUUCCUGGGCACCUUCGUGCUGGUCUUCACCGUGGUUUGCAACGUGCUGGCUGGCGAUGACAACUGGUCCCCCACAUCCAUUGCUUGCUCGCUGAUGGUGAUGAUUUAUGCCACCGGGGGGGUGUCAGGAGGCCACCUGAACCCAGCUGUGACCUUUGCCGUCACGCUCGUCACCAACGACUGGUCCGGCAAGUUCCUGGGCUACUGGCUUUCACAGAUAGUUGGCGGCAUUGCUGCCGGCUUUGCGGCGUGCAGCUUGCACACCACCGUGGCCAACAUCGAGCCGAAGGCUCCCUACCAGACAUCACACGCCUUGAUGGCCGAGCUUAUCUACACCUUCAUGCUUUCCUUUACCGUCCUCAGCGUGGCCGUGUCCAAGCGGAACAACUCCAGCAAAGAUGGCAACAACUUCUACGCCCUCGCCAUCGCCUGGACCAUUGUCGCGGGCGGCUACGCUGUCGGGGGUGUCUCUGGGGCGGCCUUCAACCCGGCCGUGGCCAUCGGCCUGGACAUCUCCAGCUACACAGUAGGCGUCGGCAUGGGCUUCCUCUGGGCCCUCUUCGAGCUCUUGGGGGCUGGGGUGGCGGCCGCCAUCUUCAGGCUCCUGCGCCAGGAGGAGGCCCUGGAGGGCUCGGCGCUGGAAAGCUACCAGCCAUCGAUCCUCGUGAAGCUGCUGAGCGAGUUCCUGGGCGUCUUCAUGCUCGUGCUGACUGUCGGCUUAAACCUUGCCAACGACUCCCCCGCCACGGCUUGGUCGGCCGCGGCAGCGUUGAUGUGCAUGAUCUACUGCCUGGGCGACAUCUCGGGGGCGCAUCUCAACCCGGCAGUCACCAUGGCCGUGGUUUCCAGCGGCCGGAAUUUGUGCUCGAGGCUGCAGGGCGUCGCCUACGUGGCAACGCAGUACCUCGCCGGCGCCGCCGCCGGCCUUGUCUACUCCGUCUUCCAUGCAGCGGGGCCCAAGGCCGAUUCCUACAUCGGCCUGGUGCCAGGGAAAGGCUACACCCUCGCACAGGCAGGCCUUGCCGAGUUGGCUGCCACAAUGCUCCUGGCCUACGUCGUACUGAGCUGUGCCACCGUGGCCCCGGCGGGUGGCAACACCAAGACCAAGAACAGCUUCUACUUCGCCCUGGCCAUCGGAUCCUGCGUGACGGUGGGCGGCUUCGCCAUCGGCGCCGUGUCCGGGGGCGAGCUGAACCCAGCGGUUGCUUUGGGCAUCUCGACGGCCAGCAACAUGCACCACCCCGAGGGCAGGGAGAGCGACUCCUUCUCCAACAUGGUGCGGCUCGGUGUCUUCGAGAUCUCCGCCGGCCUCGCCGCCGCAGCUGCCUUCAAGGCCAGCCAUAGCCACAUCUAUGCCGAAGAGGCGGCGGAGUCUACCAAGUGA